GUGACCUAGCUACUUUCCUAUAGAAGAUUUUAACGUCCUUGACUUAUGCCUCUCGACGGACACAGCUAUUUGACAUCGUACGGAUGGUCAGGCAAAGGCACGGGCCUUCGCACAGGCGCCAUCGACAGGCCACUUGCUAUUCCCAAAAAACGAAAUCUCGCCGGUGUAGGCAAGGAUCGUGACGAGGCAUUCCCCUUCUGGGACCACCUAUAUUCAGCUGCCACAAAAGCCAUCACCAUCAAGAUAGCAGAUGACGACGACGACGACGAUCAAAAUGAGGAUUCAUCAGGUUCCACGACCUUUCAACUAAAACGAACCACAACAGGCAUCAUUUCGAAUAGAAGGCCGUUGUCGGGCACCCCUGCAUCCGGAAUCUCUACACCAGACUCAGACACCUACCCACGCACCUCUGUAAUAACCAUUGCGAAACGCGAGGCUGCAAGAAAGGGUUUAUACUCUAGAUUUUUCCGUGGGCCAACAUUAGCCCCUGAUGUUCCCAGCAAUUUGUCAUCAUCCCCUCCAUCCCCCCUGCAUUCUGCCGACUUAAUUCCCGAAAGGGAGCUCACUCCUCAAACUGAGGUUCCUAGCAGGAAGCAAAAUACCAAACGGAAAUCUUCAGAGCUGCUCGAGACUCGGGAGCAACGGAAAGAAAGAAAAAGAUUGAAACGGGAGAAAAAGGAGAAGAGAGAAGCAAAAGCUAAGACGAAGGACGAGCGUCGGGUGCGGAAGGAAGCCAAGAGGGCUAUAAAAACAUUGGAGGCAAAUUCUCCUGGUAUUGCAGAAUGUGGAAAACCACCUGGAAAUGUGGUCUUUACGAGCCUUGAUCAGCCUCGAUCACUGGGACAAUGUGAGAGGUCCGUAGAUGCUUCUCCUCAGGUUGACGACCCUGCGGUCAAGGACAACAUAGAUACAAAGAAGACCAAGAAGAAGAAAAGGGAAAAGAAAGGUCCUUAAUUUUGGCAUUUCGUUCUGUCACCACCGUAGGUUUACGCCAUUGCAUUGACAUCCGGGUAUUUCUCGUAAACAUAUCAUACACU